AGGAAGGCGCUCCAGUUCCGGGUCAGACCCUUCCCCCGCCUCCAUCGGCCUCAGCCAUGGCGAGUAGCGGCGCCGGGGCUUCGGCGGCGGCAGCGACGGCGAACCUGAAUGCGGUGAGGGAGACCAUGGACGUUCUGCUUGAGAUUUCAAGAAUUUUAAAUACUGGCUUAGAUAUGGAGACUCUGUCUAUCUGUGUACGACUUUGUGAACAAGGAAUUAACCCAGAAGCUUUAUCAUCAGUUAUAAAGGAACUUCGCAAGGCUACCGAAGCACUAAAGGCCGCUGAAAAUAUGACAAGCUGACUUUCCGGAAAAAUCCUAAUAAGAUGUCAAGCACUGCAAGAGGAUUCAAAGAUCACAUUGUAGUCAAGAAUGUGCAAUGAAAUUACUGCAUGCAGCAGUGUAGCAACAUUUUUUUCCUUUUUAAAAGAAUUAUAAAACCAUAGCUUUAUAAAUCAGUGAAAAGUGGCUUACAGAGAGAACUAUCAGAUGUGUUUAUGUCACAUCGUACUUUUUUAAAUAGCUCUAAUGCUUUGGCAUUAUUACAGUGUUUAUAUUUAUGUAUUCCUUAUUUAUAGAUCUGAUAGCUUUAAUUUUCUAAGCAGUCUGUCUAUCAGAUGUGCACAUCUGCUGUGCCUGUUUGAAGUAUAAUGGAACCCAUUAGUAGUAAUGUAGUAGUUAUGACUUGCUGACAUUUCUAUUAUAAACUUUAAUUUUAAAUUGUUUAUGCAAGAUAACUGGAUUUUAUGUUGCAUUGGGCUCAAAGCUGACAGAAUUUCAAUCACCAUUUGUGAAUUUUGAUUCAGAUUCAUUAUGUAUAUCAGAAUCUUUUUUUAAGAGCACAAAAAAUUGUUAUAACCUACAAAGAAUAUUUCGUUUUUAAACAAUUUGUCCAGCAGUUAAUUGUGU